AUGGUUGCAGAAUUUGCCGUACGAGAAGUAUGUUCGCCGGUGAACGGCGAAACAACCUGCAUCACAAUGCCUGGUAGCGAAGGACAUAGUAACAGUAGCUUAGACAGUCAUUAUUCAAGAGAAGAAUUUGCCCACAACGAUCCGAGAAGAAAACAACGGGAAUUCAUACCCGAUAAUAAAAAAGAUGACAGUUAUUGGGAUAGGAGACGUCGUAACAAUGAAGCAGCGAAAAGAUCUCGGGAAAAACGUCGGUUUAACGAUAUGAUACUCGAAACUCGAGUCGUCGAACUAUCGAAAGAAAAUCACUUGUUGAAAGCUCAACUCGCUGCUAUAAAAGAAAAAUUUGGAAUAAGCGGGGACAAUAUAAUUAGUGUUGAGCAGGUAAUGGCAGCUUUUCCGAGUAACGAACAAGUUAUAAGUCAAACAAAACGAGUCAAAUUAGUCGGAUCAUCCCCAAUAUAUCCUCCUUCCUCUAGUACGAAUCCAUCUCCGUUGAUGAGAGCUCCGCCUUCAAAUCAUCCGAUUCAUCUUUUCCCGAUUCAACAGCCACCUGUCGUGAACGAAACAAACUAUCCUCCAGCGGAACCGGAAACUUUCCCACAACCCUAUUCGUAUCCGCUACCAUCACUUCUUCAACCCCAAUUGGACGUCGCAAACAACAGCGUUUUGAAUUUGAGCUGCGAUAGAUCGUCUCACAAUCAGCCCUCGCCUCCUCCUUGUCCUUGCGACAACGGAUGCGAAAGCGGCGAUGAAAAUUCUCAACCGUUGCCACUCACAUUAACGAGUCCGGCACCGGGUCCGAGCAACAGCCUUCCACACAAACUCAGACACAAAUCUCGAAUCGGGGAUAAAGAUGUUGCAUCGGCAUUGCUUUCGUUGCAAACUAUCAAACAAGAGCCCGGACCCUUGUCGAGUCCGCCAUGGGAUGGAGAAGGAAGCAGCGACGAACGCGAUUCGGGAAUAUCUCUCGGAGCCGAAUGGGCAGGACAUCAAGAACCACCUCCGACGUCUCCGGAUCGAGAACCGGAAAAUGAAUCCUCGAGCACGAACGGUGAUGAACGCAUGAAAUCCGAACUGGCACGUCUCGCAUCAGAGGUGGCUAAUCUCAAAAGUUUUUUAUCCAUAAAAAAACCAUUGCCGGGUUCCACGCUUUCCUCGAUGGCCGUCUUAUUGGGUCCAUCGUGCACGCCACAUCCUCACACGCCACAAUGA